GGGUCACGGCCCUGGGUCGGAGAGGGAGGGCCCGCAGACUUCUCGCCUUUCCUACUGCAACUGGUUGCAUGGCUUUUGUGUUUUUCCUUUUCCGCGGGCCGGGUCCGCCGCUUUACCUCCCUUGCGGCAGCGUCCAGCCUGCUGGACGCUCGCUUUUUGACCGGUUUCUUUCGCGUUUCCUUUUUCCUAGUUUGGCCCCCUUUCUUUCCAGGCGUCUGGCUCCCUGGGAAAAGUUGCUUCUUCAAGUUUGCCGAAGUCUCCAAGUCUCGAUGGGGGUCUCUGGGAACUAGGGCUGUGUGAGCGCGCGAUCGAUCCCGGAGCUCUGGCGAGUUAGCACCGGCUUCUCCAGCGCCGCGGGGCAGAGCGCUGCAACCAGCGCCCGCCGGAUCUCUGGCAUUGCACCGCGUGGCGGGGAUGGCUUCUAGGACACCCUGAUUCCUCUCAGGACCUAAAAGGCUUGUUCUGGUUCCCUCUAUUGGCCCAGGAAGCCCACCCUGCCCUACCACGCAGAGCACAGAAAGAAAGAAAGCCCCAUGCCUGAACCGAGGGGAGCACCAUGGAUCUGACAAAGAUGGGCAUGAUCCAGCUGCAAAACCCCAGCCACCCUACGGGGCUGCUGUGCAAGGCCAACCAGAUGCGACUGGCUGGGACUUUGUGUGAUGUGGUCAUUAUGGUAGAUAGCCAGGAGUUUCACGCCCACCGGACAGUGCUGGCCUGCACCAGCAAGAUGUUUGAAAUCCUCUUUCACCGUAACAGUCAGCACUAUACCCUGGACUUCCUCUCGCCAAAGACCUUCCAGCAGAUUCUGGAGUAUGCGUACACGGCCACACUGCAAGCCAAGGCGGAGGACCUGGAUGACUUGCUGUAUGCAGCUGAGAUCCUGGAGAUUGAGUAUCUGGAAGAGCAGUGCCUGAAGAUCCUGGAGACAAUCCAGGCCUCAGAUGACAAUGACACAGAGGCCACCAUGGCUGAUGGUGGGGCCGAGGAAGAAGAGGACCGCAAGGCUCGGUACCUCAAGAACAUCUUCCUCUCAAAACAUUCCAGUGAGGAGAGUGGGUAUGCCAGUGUGGCUGGACAGAGCCUUCCUGGGCCCAUGGUGGACCAGAGCCCUUCAGUUUCCACCUCAUUUGGUCUCUCAGCCAUGAGUCCCACCAAGGCUGCAGUGGACAGCUUGAUGACCAUAGGACAGUCUCUCUUGCAGGGAACUCUUCAGUCACCUGCAGGGCCAGAGGAGCCAAUGCUGGCUGGGAGUGGACGGCACCCUGGGGUGGUUGAAGUAAAGACGGAGAUGAUGCAGGUGGAUGAGGUACCUGGCCAGGACAGUCCUGGGGCAGCUGAGUCCAGCAUCUCAGGAGGGAUGGGGGACAAGGUAGAAGAAAGGGGCAAAGAGGGGCCCGGGACACCAACUCGAAGCAGUGUCAUCACCAGUGCUAGGGAGCUGCACUAUGGGCGAGAGGAGAGUGCUGAACAGCUGCCACCCCUAGCUGAGGCCGGCCAGGGCCCCCCUGGCCGCCCAGAACCCCCAGUCCCCCCAGUCCCCCCAGCAGAGAAACAUCUGGGGAUCUACUCUGUGUUGCCCAACCAUAAGGCUGAUGCUGUGUUGAGCAUGCCGUCUUCAGUGACCUCUGGCCUGCACGUGCAGCCUGCCUUGGCUGUCUCCAUGGACUUCAGCACCUAUGGGGGCCUGCUGCCGCAGGGCUUCAUCCAGAGGGAGCUGUUCAGCAAGCUGGGUGAGCUGGCAGUGGGCAUGAAGUCAGAGAGUCGGCCCCUUGGGGAGCAGUGCAGUGUGUGCGGGGUGGAGCUGCCUGACAAUGAGGCUGUGGAACAGCACAGGAAGCUGCACAGUGGGAUGAAGACGUACGGGUGUGAGCUGUGCGGAAAGCGGUUCCUGGAUAGUUUGCGACUGAGAAUGCACUUACUGGCUCAUUCAGCGGGUGCCAAAGCCUUUGUCUGUGAUCAGUGCGGUGCACAGUUCUCGAAGGAGGAUGCCCUAGAGACACACAGGCAGACCCACACUGGCACUGACAUGGCUGUCUUCUGUCUGCUGUGUGGGAAGCGCUUCCAGGCACAGAGUGCACUCCAGCAGCACAUGGAGGUCCACGCGGGCGUGCGCAGCUACAUCUGUAGCGAAUGCAACCGCACCUUCCCCAGCCACACCGCCCUCAAGCGUCACCUGCGCUCACACACAGGUGACCACCCGUACGAGUGUGAGUUCUGUGGCAGUUGCUUCCGGGAUGAGAGCACACUCAAGAGCCACAAACGCAUCCACACCGGGGAGAAACCUUAUGAAUGCAAUGGCUGUGGCAAGAAGUUCAGCCUCAAGCACCAGCUGGAGACACACUAUAGGGUGCACACAGGUGAAAAGCCCUUUGAGUGCAAACUCUGCCACCAGCGCUCCCGGGACUACUCCGCCAUGAUUAAGCACCUGAGAACACACAAUGGCGCCUCGCCCUACCAGUGCACCAUCUGCACGGAGUACUGCCCUAGCCUCUCCUCCAUGCAGAAGCACAUGAAGGGUCACAAGCCUGAGGAGAUCCCGCCUGACUGGAGGAUAGAGAAGACUUACCUCUACCUGUGCUACGUGUGAAGGGAGGCCCAUGCGGCGGAGCAGGAGCGAAAGCCAGGAAAAAUGAGUUAGAGCGAAAUGAAAUGCAGGGAGGACUGUGCAAAGAAAAAAAAAGAUAAAAAGAUAAAAAGAAAAGAAAACGUAAAUGUGAGAGAAGGAAAACCCAGUAGCUAUUUGGCAUUGGAUUCUCUCUGGGGCUCCAGGUGCCCUGGAGGCCAAGCCACUGGCCUUUCCCGGGGGCCUCUGCCCUCCAUGGAGGCUGGAGGCGUGCUUGAUUUUUAUGGGUGGGUAGGGGUGGUUUUGUUCACUUCCGUGGUGGCAUGCUUUUCUCCUCCCUCUACCCAGACCCUCCUUCUGUGUCUAGAAAUGGAAGCUGGGAAGUGAGUGAGAGAGCCUCUGAUCAGAGCCACACUCUGCCUCUCCUCCUCCCACUGCCUCCCAAAGAAGAAGGGAGGGAAGCAGAGAGGGGGCUGCAUAUGGUAUGGGGGGGUCCCCGGUUGAUGCUCACAAUGGCAGCUCUGGUUUGUUGGGGGAAGGUUGGGAGGGGAAAGGCUCUCUUGCCACCACUUGCUUCAUCUGUUGCUUUCCUCUCUCUGCCCUGCCACAUCUGGGUGUCCCUCAAGGUCUGAGAGCCCCUUCUUAGCUCUUCUCUCCAGCUCCUUUGGCCGCUGUCCUCCAGGUCCCAGGAGCUCCUAGUCCCUAAGGGACCUGAGCAGUAUUUCCUUCCUCCUCUGGUUCCUCGUGGGAAAGCUGCAGCCCACUCCAGAGCCCCUUCUUUCCCUUAGCUUUCUGAGAACACAGAACAAACACACCAGAUGCCUACCCACGCCAAGCCCCACCUUGAACAAGAUUCCUGCUGAGUUGUCAUUGCUUCCAAAAUGGAAAAACAUAACAACUAAAUAUGUUCUAUCCUACCAGUCAAACACACACAUACCUACAACCCUGUCAGUCUGUAGGGGAAGGGACCCAUGAAGGGGCCCGUUGUCCAAGGGAACGCUAUGGAUGCCCUUCCACAGAGGUGCCCUACAUUUGGAGAAGGGAACAGACACCCAACCCAGGGUGGGGGAGCUGGCUCCAGGGGAGGAAGUCACUGUCAUGCUGGGGAUGUUUUAAAGCACAGGGCCUGGAGACCCCCAGACCCAGUGAGCCCAGCAGGAAAAUCCAGGACCAGACAGCAGCACAGAAUUGCUGGCUCACAGGCCCUCCAGUCCACAGGGAGGAAGAGGAAGGGGAGGAAAAGGAGGAGGAAGUGAAUGUGGAGGAGGAGGAGGAGAAGCCGAAAGCGCUUUGGCUUUGUAUGUUUUGCUUCUUUUCUGUGUUCCUUGUUAGCACAUUGUACUUGAAUUACCUCAGUUUUUUUGUGACCUCAUAAGCUUUUUAACCCCAUUUUUUUUUAGGUUCAGGUUUCGAGGAAUGGGGAGGGUGUUCUCUUAUUUCUUGUGUAAAUUAGUAAUAGUUGGCUUUUAGACUUCAGCUAGCCAAGGCCCUCCUAUCACCCUGGUCACCAACCUCCCAGCUGGACGGAGCUGGCAGAAGGAGUAGAAUACUCAGGACUGGAGGUUGAGGGCCAGGGAGGGCAGAGGGGUGGGUAGAGGGGAUGGUGGGUCAGGGUCUCACUGUCCCCCUGAGGCACUCAGGAGUCACUGUUGGUUCUGUCCAGGGCUCAGACCAUCUGUGCCCAGCAUUAGUUCAGCCCGAAACACUCUGGAGAAGGCACCCACCAUUCUUAAGACUUCCAGGGUCAUUCAGGCUCGAGGGCCUAUAUUGUCAAGAUCCUUGCAGACCGUUGUGGUGCCACCUCUGUGUGCAUGAUCGUUGCCAAAAUACGUGUAUUUUCAUGGCUGGUCGCGUUGACCCAGCCUUGGUUUUGCUGUGUUGGGGUGGAUGUUGUUUUUCUAAAGCUACCUCUUACGUUUGUCCACUUGUUCUGUUCCUCUCCUGCCCCACCCCCACCCCGCUGCUCUGUUCUCUCCUUUCCCCCAAUCCUGCCCCCGCUUAAUUUUUGGAAAGCACAUUUGGAAUACUCGUGUUUGCUUUGGGAUGGGCCCUAUGUUUCAUCUCAUGCUUUAUGUGUAAGAGGGUUUUUUUUCCUCCUUUCUCGCUCUCAUAAAGUUGUGUCUGCAUUGUGAUCUUGGGUUUCUACAAAGUGGUCUAGGAAGGCAGUUUGGGGGAGAAGGGCUGUGAGGGAUAUCGGGAAGUCGGAGGGAUGGGUGCUGCUGUGACCACCCUCCCGUCCCCCGGCCCCAUCCCUCCUGCCCCCCCCAAUCUCGUCCACCAAAUCUGAAGGCCUUAAAAAGCGUGUGUUAGGACGUGGAUUGGGGGUUGCUAUCAUUAGACUGUGGAUUAGAGGUGAUAAAGUCGGGUGGAUGCUAUUUUGCAACUAUACUAAAGACUUAGUGCUUUGGAAAGGAAAAAGAUUUAAACUUGAAACAUGUGAUUAGAGCAGUUGUCACGUUUAUAAUGUGAAAAGAGUCAAAUCUUUGGGGGAGAGGCAGUCUGUAAGAAACCGUGAUGCACUAUGCCUUCCUCCCCCAGUCUGAGAAGAAGGGGGACUCACCAGCCCUCAGGGCGUCUGAAUCCCAGAAAACAGUAUUUUUAACAGCAAGAUGUUAUUCAGCAUUGGUGGGGAAGGGGGAAAAAAAUCAAACUAUUCCAUACAACUAGCUGGCUCCUUGCUCCCCCACUCUUCCCACUAAGUCUGGUCCUCUCAUUCAUGAAAACUGAGAGGGCUGAGCUAAUCUUUACAAAUUGUAAUAUUUUUGUAAUAUUUGUUCUUUUGUCAGUUCUACAGGACCUUGCCCUUUCCUUUUGUAAUGUGAAUAGGGAAAAAAAGACAAAAAAAUUCGCUACCAUCACAACCAAUAACAAAUUAUCCUUUUGUGUGUGUGGGUGCGCGCACGCGCGUGUGCUCUGUGUGUGUGGUUGUGUGUUAAAUCAUGAGGUAUUUUGUAAUGAGGUGUUGCAGCCUUGGAUGGUACUAGCCCAGCAUUUGCCUGGCCCACCCAGCCUGCGGGGCUCUGCAGAUCCCAGGAGUCUCCGGCAGCUCUGGAGGGAGACCAGAAGGGGCAGCUCUGUACUUGCUGUGUUCCCUAUGAGACCCCACACACUCCAAAGGAGCCCAGUAUGCCUCUUCUCUACUUGCCCCAAAAGGCGAAAGUGUUCUCCAGUUGCCAAGGCCUUCUGGGACAGAAUGGGCAGGGUAGGAAGCCGUCUGGAACACAGGCUUGGGGAGGCCAGGAGUGUGGAGGAGGCCCCCUUGCCAGAUGAGAUCCCCUCUCCUUUCUGCCAUCUGGCCAUUCCUGCCACCCCGCUGCCUUUAGCUGUGGUCCUGCAAAAUCCCAGCUUGCUACUGCCUUAUCCAGAACAGUGACCCUUCUCCAGUCUGGAGCAUCCCUUUCUCACGUCAGGCACCUACAAGUGUGUCCCUUAAUGCUUUCGGUUGCAUUUAUCCCUCACUCAUGUGUUCCUUCCCUGUUCACUCCUUCACUCAUUCAAAGCAUAAAAUCCUAUGUGUAUAUAGGAUAGACAAAUAUAUAUAUAGAGAGAGAUAUAUAUAGCAAGAGAGAUAUAAAUAGUAAAUAUCACUGCUGCUUUGGGCUGCUUUGGAGGAGGCCACAAAUAUGAGGAAGGCAGAUCUGGGGUGCAGGGUUGGGUCGGGAGCCUGGGGGACCCAGUGAUUCAGUACAAUCCAGGGAUGCAACACGGGCUUGUUUACUCCUUGUGCCUGAACAGUUUUUCCAUGUUGAGAAAAAAAAAAAAGACAAAAAAACUGCUGCAUUUUUUU